GCGGGGGGCCCAGCCCCGUCGCUGAGGCGGCGCGGGGGCGGGGGGCGGCGCGGGCGCCCCUGCGCGGGGAGGCGCUCGCCCCGCCGUGGGCGCGGAGGGGCCGCCGCCGCCACCGGCGGGAGCCGCCUGCUGCAAGGACGGGGUGACUCCGGUCGCCGCCUGGCUCCGCAGCGGCACGGCACGGCGCGGGAGCCGCCCUCCCCCGGAGCCCGCCACCGGGCGCGGAUCCGCAGUGCGCGCCUCUGCGAGGAAUGACCAGCAGCAUCUUUAAAAAAAGAAAACAUUGACUGAUCCUUGUCGGAUAGAGUAACCACAGUAAGAGAGAAGAGUUUGCCAGGAAUGACUGUGACAGCUGAAGCCACAGCACCUUAUGAUCUUCGAACAACAACUUUUUCACGUAAAUUGACAGAAGUGGAGAAGAGAUGGCCAGUUCAGCCCGAGAACAUCUGCUUUUUGUGCGACGUCGCAACCCACAGCUACGGUAUACUCUGAGCCCAGAGAAUCUCCAGAGUUUGGCAUCUCAGGGCACCAUGGCUGAGAACAUGAACUUGCAGCGUGCCAACAGCGACACUGAUUUAGUGACCUCGGAUAGCAGGUCUAGUUUGACAGCCAGUAUGUAUGAGUACACCUUGGGGCAAUCUCAGAACCUCAUCAUCUUCUGGGACAUUAAGGAAGAAGUAGACCCGACUGACUGGAUAGGACUUUAUCACAUAGAUGAGAACUCUCCAGCCAAUUUUUGGGAUUCCAAGAAUCGGGGAGUGACUGGCACGCAAAAAGGACAAAUUGUAUGGCGAAUUGAACCUGGCCCCUAUUUUAUGGAAUCUGAAAUAAAGAUCUGCUUUAAAUAUUACCAUGGUGUUAGUGGAGCCCUCCGAGCUACUACUCCAUGUAUCACUGUGAAAAACCCGGCUGUGAUGAUGGGAGUAGAAGGCACGGAUGAAGGUGCUUCUGGAGCCCAGCACUCUAGGAAAUUAGUCAGCUUUACCCUAUCAGAUAUUAGAGCAGUUGGACUUAAAAAAGGCAUGUUCUUCAACCCUGAUCCUUAUCUAAAGAUGUCCAUUCAGCCAGGCAAGAAAAGUACAUUUCCUACCUUUGCUCAUCAUGGCCAGGAAAGAAGGUCAACUAUCAUCAGUAACACAACGAAUCCUGUCUGGCACAGAGAGAAAUAUUCUUUUGUUGCACUUCUAACAGAUGUCCUGGAAAUUGAGGUUAAAGACAAAUUUGCCAAGAGUCGUCCGAUCAUCAAGCGCUUUCUUGGGAAGUUAACCAUACCGGUUCAGAGGCUCUUGGAGAGACAUGCAAUUGGAGACCAGGUUCUCAGCUAUAAUCUUGGCAGAAGGCUCCCAGCUGAUCAUGUAAGUGGAUAUCUCCAAUUCAAAGUGGAAAUCACAUCUUCUGUUCACGAAGAUGCUUCGCCAGAAACAGUUGGCACCCUGCUAGGAGUAAACUCUGUAAAUGGAGACUUGGGGAGCCCCUCUGAUGAUGAGGACAUGCCAGCAGGACAUCACGAUACGUCCACAGUGUGUUCCAAUGGUCCGGUCCUUGAGGAAUCUUCUGGAGAAGCAAUCCUAAGACACCCUUUAAGGACUAGUACAACUCUGGAAACAGACCAGGAUGAGUUGACCUCUGGUGCUUCAAGAUCAUCACCUACCAGAGGUCGCCAGGACUCACUAAAUGACUAUCUGGAUGCAAUAGAACACAAUAAUCAUCCUAGACCCGGGACGUCUGCCUGUGGAGAGCGUCCACGUGGAGCCUCCCCAAAACUGAGGAGUAGCUUUCCUACUGACACAAGACUUAAUGCUAUGCUUCACAUUGACUCAGAUGAAGAGGAGCAUGAGCUACAUCAAGACCUGGGUUUUCCAUCUUCCUUGGAAGACGAUGGUGGCUUAGUAAUGCUUAAUGGUGCUACAAGAAAUGUUGACAGAAACGGUUUAAGUUGCUCAUCAGAUCAGGUAAUGCAAGGGCCUGCAGAGAAUGAAAAUGUUUCAGCCUCUGAAGCUCCUUUGCCAUCAACUGAUGACCAGCAAGAGACUGUCCCAGAGCUUCCACCCUCACAGUUAGCAAGAGGUGAAAGUUCUCAAAGCGAAGCACCAGCAGACCAGGCUGGCAGUGAAUCGUGUGCCGCUCAGGAGGCGGAACAGCCUCCUAGCAGUGCGGACGCAGGAGCUGCUGAUGCUGCUGCUGGGAGCAGAAGGGGUGUUAGUGAAACGGAAUCCAUUGAUCAAGGGUCUGAACCUUCCCAGAUGUCAUCAGAAACCGAGCAGAGUGAUCCCGCUCGCACGGAAAGCGUCAGUGAGGCUAGUACCCGUCCAGAAGGGGAGAGUGAUGCGGAAGGGGCAGACAGCUCUUGCAACGAAAGCGCAACUGUGCGACGUUCCUCCGUUGAAAUGCGGUGUUCUUCUUUGGAAAGUUCCAUGUUUCCUGAGACUCCUGCCUUUUCUUCUCAGGAGGAGGAAGAGGGAGCUCCUGCCACCGACGCGGCUAGAAUUGAGCCAGGUGCUGAAACACAGGAUGCUGCAAGUACUUCUGGUUCUCUGCCUGCGGUACAGUUACCUCAGGAGGAAGUACAGGAGGCUGAGGCAGGUGAAUUACAAGACCAAGAAGAUGCAGGAGAAAUCUGGCAAAGAAGAAGAAGCUUGCAGGCGGCAGCUGCCAAUAGCCAGUCUCAGGAUGAAGAAACCGAAGGAGCGCAAGCAGCUUGUGAGGGUGCCACAGGACAGGUUGAAGGAGCUACUGGAGGUUCUCAAGCCAAUGGCCAUCAGCCCUUGAGGUCGCUGCCUUCGGUACGUCAGGAUGUUAGCCGGUACCAGAGAGUGGAUGAGGCUCUACCACCAAACUGGGAGGCUCGAAUUGACAGCCAUGGACGGAUUUUUUACGUGGACCACGUGAACAGGACAACAACAUGGCAGCGACCCACAGCCCCCCCAGCCCCGCAGAUUCUCCAGAGGUCAAAUUCCAUACAGCAAAUGGAACAGCUGAAUCGCCGGUACCAGAGCAUCCGAAGAACAAUGACUAACGACAGGCCUGAAGAGCAUACAAAUGCUGUGGAUGGAGCUGCAGAGGAAACUGACUUUCACCAUUCUAAUGCAGAUUUUCGAAGAGAGAAUGUGCUGCCUCACUCUACCUCCAGAUCCAGACUUACUUUAUUGCUCCAGUCUCCCCCUGUGAAAUUCCUUAUCAGCCCAGAGUUCUUUACAGUGCUGCAUUCUAACCCUAGUGCCUACCGCAUGUUUACAAAUAACACGUGUUUGAAGCACAUGAUCACCAAAGUCCGGCGGGACACCCACCAUUUUGAGCGCUACCAGCAUAAUCGUGAUUUGGUGGGCUUCCUAAACAUGUUUGCCAACAAACAGCUGGAGCUGCCGAGAGGUUGGGAAAUGAAACAUGACCAUCAGGGCAAGGCUUUCUUUGUUGACCACAAUUCCCGCACUACCACGUUCAUCGACCCCCGGCUUCCCUUGCAGAGUAGCAGGCCCACGAGCGCGUUGGUCCAUCGGCAGCACUUAACUCGACAACGCAGCCACAGCGCUGGUGAGGUCGGAGAGGACUCCCGUCAUUCAGGACCACCAGUUUUGCCAAGACCGUCCAGCACAUUCAACACAGUCAGCAGAGCUCAGUACCAGGACGUGGUUCCAGUGGCUUACAAUGACAAGAUCGUUGCGUUUUUGCGGCAGCCCAAUAUCUUUGAAAUUCUACAAGAACGUCAGCCAGAUCUUACCAGGAAUCAUUCACUCAGGGAGAAGAUCCAGUUCAUCCGGACAGAGGGAACACCUGGGUUGGUGCGUUUAUCCAGUGAUGCAGACCUUGUCAUGUUACUCAGCUUGUUUGAAGAGGAGAUAAUGUCAUAUGUGCCGCCACAUGCCUUACUUCAUCCUAGUUAUUGCCAGUCCCCGAGGGGCUCGCCGGUGUCUUCGCCUCAGAACUCUCCAGGUACUCAGCGUGCCAAUGCCCGAGCUCCAGCUCCUUACAAAAGAGAUUUUGAAGCCAAACUGAGGAACUUUUACAGGAAGUUGGAGACUAAAGGAUAUGGACAAGGCCCAGGGAAACUGAAAUUAAUCAUCAGGAGAGAUCACUUGCUAGAAGAUGCCUUUAACCAGAUCAUGGGCUACUCAAGAAAAGACCUGCAGAGGAAUAAACUCUAUGUCACGUUUGUUGGGGAAGAAGGGUUGGACUACAGUGGACCUUCAAGAGAGUUUUUUUUCCUGGUGUCUAGAGAGCUCUUCAAUCCGUAUUAUGGUUUGUUUGAAUAUUCAGCCAACGAUACCUAUACAGUACAAAUAAGUCCCAUGUCUGCUUUUGUAGACAAUCACCAUGAGUGGUUCAGGUUUAGUGGUCGAAUUCUUGGUCUUGCUCUGAUACAUCAGUAUUUGCUAGAUGCCUUUUUUACACGACCCUUUUAUAAAGCCCUCCUCCGAAUACUCUGUGACCUGAGUGACCUGGAAUAUCUCGACGAGGAGUUUCACCAGAGUUUGCAGUGGAUGAAAGACAAUGAUAUACAUGAUAUCCUAGAUCUCACGUUUACUGUAAAUGAAGAAGUUUUUGGGCAGAUCACAGAACGGGAAUUAAAGCCAGGAGGUGCCAACAUCCCCGUCACUGAAAAGAACAAGAAAGAAUACAUAGAAAGAAUGGUGAAAUGGAGAAUUGAGAGAGGAGUUGUACAACAAACAGAAAGUCUAGUUCGUGGUUUCUAUGAGGUGGUUGAUGCAAGGCUCGUGUCUGUGUUUGACGCCAGGGAACUGGAACUCGUUAUAGCUGGAACAGCAGAAAUUGACUUGAGCGACUGGAGAAAUAAUACAGAGUAUAGAGGAGGUUAUCAUGACAAUCACAUUGUAAUUCGGUGGUUCUGGGCUGCUGUGGAAAGAUUCAACAAUGAACAACGACUAAGACUUUUACAGUUUGUUACAGGCACGUCCAGCAUACCUUAUGAGGGAUUUGCCUCUCUACGGGGGAGCAAUGGUCCGAGAAGGUUCUGCGUAGAAAAGUGGGGAAAGAUCACUGCUCUUCCAAGGGCUCACACUUGUUUCAAUCGUCUGGACCUUCCCCCUUAUCCAUCAUUCUCCAUGUUAUAUGAAAAACUGUUGACAGCAGUUGAAGAGACAAGUACUUUUGGACUUGAGUGAUACACAAACCACAGUGCCCAGCUCAUUGGACUUUUGUGGAUCUGUCUUCUCAAGGAAUGAAUGAACGUUUGUAUUGGAUUUCCUAGGGGAAAAUUGUUUCACGGUGCAAUUCAAAUAAUGAGGUUCCAUGAAAGAGCUUAUGAAGCAAUUAAAAAGCAUUGUGGUAGUGGCAGAAUUCUCUACAGUGAAACUAGAGUGUGCCUGAUGUGCAGGGAAAACCAAGUCUUGCAAUCCAUGGUUUUUCAGGACGGCCAAACUUCCUAAGUUUAUGUUCUGAGCAAACAAGAAACGUGAUCCCAUGUUGUGAUCAACCUGGCUACUGCAAAACUGACGUGUACCCGAAACCUGAAUCUCAUCAAAGUUGUUGAAUAGAAAAUUCAAGGCAAAAUGUGAAAUCAUUCAGCCCCUUACCUACUCAGUAAAUUAUCACAAAAUCAUACAAUAGAUUUUAUUAUUUUUUUUAAUUCAUGAAGGUACAUUACUUUAUGCCAUAUGUUCUAAUAGCGUAUCCAGUGCUCGCUGCAUGAUGUGCACCAGAGUUCAAGUUCCUGGGGCAGAAGUGAAUUGGAAGGAAAGUCAGCAACAAAAGGUGUCACAACAACGGCCUGCGUUAAGGAGGUUUGUGGAAAUGUCUUUGCCAGUGGUGUGUCUGACAAAAGAUGAGCUGUUAUAAUGAACUUAAUAAGACUGAUUUUAUGCUUUAUACUGCAUGGAAACUAUUUUAAGAAGAAACUAGCAAUUUAUCACAGCAUAUCAGGAAAAAAGCCCUAACACAGUGACUUCUGUUUAUUUUUAUAGGUUCAUUAUAUUAUGUUUUCUUAGAGUGUAAACAGGAAAUAAGCAAACUAAAACGCUAUUUCUGUUUUUUGUCACUUUCCAUGCUUGAACAGACAUUCUGCUAGUGUUUAUUCUUUAAGCACUCUCAAGGGAAAAAAAUGCCUUUUAUUUUUAUAAGAGUAAAAAAACUCCCAAAAAUAUUUUGCACUGAAUGUACCAAAGUUGAAGGGACAUCAUGAUCUGACUGAUAGCAACCUGCAUCACUAUCAAGUAUCUGUAAAAAUGCUUAGGAACCAGGCUUUCUUCACGGUGCCAUGUCUAUAGAUAUCAGGACUGUGCACAUAAGUAAUAAUUUUAUAAUACUAUAUAUGAUAUUGUAAUAUGCAUUUAUUUUAAAUGCAUCUGGGUCAUUUUUCAUGCAUUGGAUAACUUAAUGCAGUGGAGUUUAAUACAGAUAUUUCAUAUGCUCCCCACAACUUUUUAUUUGUACAGCACCAUAAAACACUAGCUCAUCUGCAAACCCACGAGUAACCUACUUUAAGGUGAGCCACUGGCCAUAACGCCCACUGUCCCGUACCAGGGAGCACCUACAAGAUGUAAACUGUUCAUAGUGUCUAAGCUUGCAUUUUCACUGAUAAAUAGUUUUCUUAUCAAAUGUUAUUUGAAAGGGUUUUUAAGGCAUAUCAAACACUGCAUGGACACCCAUUUCUUUACACUUACUUUUGCUGAAAUACACGAGGCUUGCUCGCGUCUAUUUUUGGUACUUUCCUCCAGAUGGUCUUGUGGAACGCUUGUGCAGCUGCGCACCAUUUCUUGUACAGCUGCUGUCACGCAGUGCAUCCACCACAUUUUAAAAUUCCAGGAAGUUGCACUUGGAUACUGGAUGACGAGAACAUGAGUCUAGCCUUGCGCUAGCCCUCUUGAUAGCACUGAAGCACAGCAAGCCUUGUUCUGUGGGAAAAGUAGCUUUUGAGGUAACAUUCUCGCUCUGGAGACUCUUGAAAGGGUAUCUCAGGCUGGUAUCCUGCUUGUUCUUGUGGGAGUCUUUUUCCAACGGAGGUGAACGUCUGUGGAGAUGUCGUCAGCAAAGACUGCCACUCCACCCGAGUCGGAAGGCAGGUACAGCUGCGGUGGUGGCAGCAAGGACUGAGAAAAACCUUCGGGUUUACUGAGACAAUGUUACCUGUGCAAAGGAGAACCCACUUGCAAAAUCCGAGUGAAAGCAUUCUUUUAUUUCAGAAACAGUUGAGCUUCUGCAUGACAUCUGGGACUCGCUUAAGUAACAGGUUUUCUUACGCUACUUCUGGCUGGUAUGAAGUAGCAAAGAAAAAUCCAAACACGUCACCCUAUUUUUACACAUAUAUUUAUCAGUCUUUGCUAUGAUUGCAUGUCACAGAUCGUAAUGCACAUCUUUUUUCAGAACACAAAUGAGCAGUAGGCAAACUGACUUUUCAUCAGGUCACUCCAGCAUGGCUCAUGUUUCAUAUGAUCCAUACUCUGAGUAGCUAAAACUCUGGAACUUGAAGCAGAAUGCAACUUUUGCUCGGUUGAAGGACUGCAGAAUAUUGAUUUUUACAAUACUGUGUUAUCUGUGGUCUAAAAAAGGAGAUUUCCCAAACUGUAUCUACAAGUUUUGAACCAGAAACUCUUUGGAAUGAAAAGUUUAAAUAUUUGGCACAAAGUAAGUUUAUACUAGUCUGCCUUUUAAGUUAUGCUUUUGUACAAAUCGAAAACAAUAAAUGCAUCUUGUCAAUUUUUAUUUAAAUGUAUUUACUGCACACAUUUGUUCUAUAUUUAUGCAUUUAUAAAUAAUAGAAAUCACUCACGAUGAUCCACUAUUCUGUAAAGAUAUGACAGGGUCAAAGUGGGGCAGCUGUCAGUUAAAAAAAAAAAAAAAAAAGAAUUUAGAAUCCCUGUAGCGUUAAGACUGAGGGAGACCAAGGAGAAGCUGCUGCUUCCUAUUUUGCUGCCACCAUCACCUGGGGGACCCUAGAAAAAUGCUGUUUGAAAGCGACGAGGAGUAACUGCCCAGAUGUGGCUACCCUAUGGUGCCUUGAGCACUUGGCCGGCGCUUUGUGUUGAUCUAAGUGAUGCUGCGGCUCUGAAGAGAUUAGCAGGGAGGGAAUAUACCCACAUCUCCUGGCUACUGCGUGGAAUAUUGUCCCUUCAGUGUGAGAAGCCAUUCCUGUUAAACAUGACCCAAGUGAAAGCCAACUUGGACGUCUUUCAGAGGACUGCAACAGGCGACCACGGUGCUUUUGCUUAUGAUGUGCUGUGGCAGGCACGAGGGUCCAGAGAGAGGAGCUUUGCAUUUCGGGAGGGGAAAAAAACCAGACAGCCUGAAGUAGACAAAAGGUUCCCGUCAGCUCCAGCGUGAUGACAGCUUCUACUAAUUUACCCGGCAGCAUCUCCGUCAGACAGAGUCUGGCUGGGGAGGUCUCCGCAAGAGGUUAAGUGAGGUGCCCAUGCUUCCCGCUCUGCCGGGAAGCGGAGCUGCACUUAAGUAAGGCAUUGCUAGCCAAAAACCAGCGAGCAGGUCCCCUGGCAGCACAGGCAGGAGCCAGGGGCCUUUGUCCCCGGCGCCCACCUCGUCCCAGCAUCCCAGCCAAGCAGGGGUGUGCUUUGCUCACCUGGCGCUGCCAGCAGUCAGUUGAACCCUAACACUCCUAAAUACAGCGGAAAAGCUUGUAGUCAAUGAAAUUACGCAGUGUGGCCCCUACUGUAGCAAGCGCUUACCCGCUCAACACCUGUAAGGCAGCAGCAGUCAGGGCAGCAGUGUUUUCACCCACAGCAGGCAGGGGACAGCCAUCUGCUGCCUCUGUCACACCGUCAGCAGCACCUUGCAGGGUGACACAGGGAAUCACAGAAUCGUAGCGUUGGAAGCUGCCUUUCAAUCUGGAACAAAAUCCAAUUUAACACGCAGUCCCGCCGAGCAGAAGCAAACCUUUUCCCUCACCCCCUGCCUGCUGUUUUUCCUUAGUAUUCAUCAAAUAAUUGCCUUUUUUUUUUUUUUUUUUUUUGCUUUUAAACAUAAUUGUCCUUAUCCUUGUUGUGAACCACCAUAAAAAGGUGUUAAUAUGACUCAGAGAGUACCUAGGGUGAAAUCCGUCUGCGUACACAGGCCUGCUGGGCACCACAUACACUCCGCAUGGAAGCGGUUAACCUCGGGUCACGUAUGGUGAAUAUAUGGAAUCUUCAGGGAAACUGAAAAUCUCGGCAGUAGCGUGCUGGCAGGACAUCAGACAGAGUUUCUGGCAGGAGUUAAACUGGCAGAGGCUGGGACUGGUAGUUUGCUCAGUUUAAAAUUAUAGAAAAGAGAAGAGUUUUGUGGUUUCUUAUGUAUUUUUAAUCCUUCUAAAAGUAAAAGAAAAGCAAAAGCUUCCUUCUGAAGCACUCAUAAUGGUAACAUCUGGUUGCUAAAGGUAAUCUCAGCAGUAUGAAUUGCAGAUGUUUACUGAAUUUCUGCAGUGGUUUAUGGAGAUACUCGCAAGCACGCUGUCGCGGGACUGAGGGAGCUCCUGUGCUCAAGAGGGGUAUGUGCGUCAGCUGUGUUUGAAUAGCCUGUGUAAGUUCAUUUCCCAUAGCAUAAAGCAAGUUAAUUCUUUUCAGCAAAUGAAAAUUUUUUGUAUUAGAUUAUACUAAUAGUUGUGUUUUUCUUGCUGUUGUUUUUAUGUGGAGGGGUAACUUACCUGUUAGCACUAAUAGGAAUUAAGCAGUAAGUUUGGUCUCCAGUCGUAAGAUUACAGACGUAGCUCUAACGUUAACCUUACAGUAUUAAUACUGAACCACCACUGCUGUUUCCCCUUCUCAUGCUUUCCCCCCCAAGCAAGCAAAUUGAACUCCAAGCAAAAUUUCAGAAUAGUUACUCAAACCUGGCUUCUUAAACUGUUCGUAUUUUGGCUCAAUUAUGCGGUAUGAAACAGAACUGCAGAAAUGUUAGGGCUUGACUAGCUCACCAAUUGCAAGUAAAAAAUCCUUUGCAAUUUUAUUAGCACAACCACAGUGGCUGCUGUUGGAGUAGUCUUUUUGCCUAAAUAUUUUACAAUAAAAAAAGGAGUUUAGGGGGUUGAAUUUGAAAUUGCUUGUUUGCUGGAAAAAUAAGUAUACAUUAGGUAAAUAGCAGAGGGAAAGAAGAACUUUAUUGUAAGGCCAGUAAGGCUAAAAGCCGUUUUACAACCUAUUUUUGUUAGCAGUAUGCAAAAUUAUAAAGCUGACCAUAUAAACACACAGUUUUCACAGUGUGUGUUGGUUUAUGUUUUGCAUCUCUUCCAAAUAGACCGCGAGCUUCAUAGUGCUUCUGUUCAGUUUCAGACUGACUAGUUUCGGCACUAGACUACUCCUAUUUAAAAUUUUCAUUGCUAUGAAAAGUUUUUUAUUCAAACUUUUCUAGUAUUUUCUAAAAUAAUUUUACUGUAAAGAAAGGUAUUGCUCUGGUUGAAACUUCAUUUAGGCUCUACUUCAUAUGCUUUGCUCAGAGCCAUGUUAUGCCAUUGGUAUUUUAAGAUAAACUCAUGAUUAAUUUGAGAGUUCUAUUUAGUAUCAGUGAUAUUAUAAUGACCUCCUGUUCCCUGCUUAGAAAGGCUCCUUCUGACUGUAGGUAAAAGGAUGACAGUCAAGGAUUCCUCUGGAAUGGUUACAAUCCAUUGUAGUCUCUGUAUGUAUUCAAAAUGCAAUUAAAAUAUCUCUUGAGGACUAUGUCAAAUAAUUACUUACACACAUUGAUUAGCCCCCUUCUAAGUCAAUAAUUGGAAUCUUGAACUUGUUUCCUUUAUGUACCAAAUGCAGUCAGAUUACAUUGCAGAACAGUAAUAAUAAAAAUUUAACUACAGAUGUAUUCUGACAAAUCUCUUAAAGUUAUGGGGAAUGCAAAAGGGACCUGAGCCGUGCUUCCUUCAGUCCUUCCUCCCCUUAAAAAGUUAUGAAUAAUUAGAUUUCUAUUUUGUUUUUCAGUUGCGUCUUUUUUAGAGCUUUCACAAAUUUCUCACUCGGCCCCUACUAGAAGGAACCUUGUCUACUUCGAGGGCUUUUGCUAAGCACUCAGGAGGUGUAUUGUUCCACUAAUUUAAUGUAAUUUUGUGCUGACAUCAAUGUAAUCAGCUUUUGAAUGUACAGACCUGCAAAACUUCACAGGACUCUGGUCUCCUUUAUUCUGGGCUGUCUUCCAAAGGCUGGCUGUCCUCUCUCUCCCUUUUAACUGCACACAAUCCUACAAUCACGCAGAGACAGUUGCUGGCCACCUACGCUGACUGCAGCUAUAGUAUCAGAGUGCGUUUGUUUAUUUUUUCGUCAAGAAUUAAACUGGUCUCCUUCACAACAAGAGCAGCUCCCUUCGAUCCAGAGAGUCGACAGGAUCACAGUGACUCUGACAUCUAGAUUGUGAGCGGUUUAAGAAAAAUAGUCCUUGAAGUUCUUUGGAAAACAGUUGGUUAGAUAUCCAGGGGUAAAAUCUCCUUUCAUUUUGGUUUUGCGAAAUUAAUAACAAGGUAGGGGAUUUUUCUGGCAAUGUUUUCUAUCGCCAGAAUUUCUCAGCCCCCAUGGGCUGCUUCAGGCUGUUGGCUGGAAGGGCGAGUGGCUCUUGCAGUGAGGCAGGUGAGUGCUGGUCCAGAAAUCACGGCGGCAGGUGAUGUGUUACCUUAGUGAGGACUGUGCCUUCUCCAGAUGGAGGCUUUGUCAUACAGCCCUUGAAAUGCUUUCUUCCAUAUCUGCAUCCGUAUCCGCAUUGCCUGCUAACCGCAAUACGAGCGGCUCCUGACAUACUCCAUUGACUGUACCGCAUCUCCCACUUUAAAUGAGAAUUACAAUUUUUAUAGUUAGAAAUAUUCCUCUAUCAGUAUAAAUCAGGUCAAUAAAAGAAGAUUUUGCUGAGACAUCAUCUUUGAUUGCCAUGCUGGCUGCAGUCAGACUUUGGAGCUGAGUAAUUUUAAAAUAGAUUACUGUAUGAAUAAGCAAAUAAAUCUCCGCAGCCUCAUAAAUAAUACUAAGGACGGAAUGUAAUUGUAGGUGCUGUAAUGAUAAGAUACGGCAGUUUCACACAGCAGACAGAGCAUACAGAAUGCAACCGUGGAAUAGUGCUGGAGAGAAGACAAGACUGAAAGAGAAGGGACAGAAAAAGGACUAGACUUUGCAAAUAGUGAGCAGGAGAGUGAGAUGUCCUGACCGCUGGGUAUACAAAAGGGGAUACUCUUUGCUUGAAAAUUAGGCUGUGAUAACGUACGCAGGAAAACGACUAUUUAUCAUGAAGUACAUUAGUGUUACUGUAACUGCAAGACAUACUUUACCUAAUUAUUAGGUUUUGAAAAUCUAAAGUACACAAUCAGAAAACUUACUUCUUUGUUGGUUUUUCUUCUUUUAUUGGUUUUGGGUUGUUUGGGUUUUUUUAUUAUUUGGACUACUCUCAGGAAAGUGAAGGCUUCUAAAUAAGAGUGGUGUCUGGAAGUCCUCUUUACUCUUACUGUUUGUGCAAAUAAUUAUUGUGUUUAUUACUAGCUGCAUUCGGCAAGAGAAAUAGCAUCUGAUAAGAAGUUAAAUCAUCACUACGGAGGGUGACUUUCAUUUGGCCUGUCAUUUAGAUGGUGAAAUCUCUUAACAUUUAGAUGUGUGAAAAUGUAGAUUUUAUUUUUUUUUAAUUUUAUUUUUUAGAUGGUUGAGGUUGUGAGCUUAUGGUUAUGUAAGAACCGUGACUUUUCACAAAGACUGUUUGACUGCUUUCUCAUACUGGGAUUGAUAUGAUGUUCCUAAAGCUUAUUUAAGGUAAUGAAAAUAUCCUCAAUUAUGUAGUUAGCUUUGGCCAAACUGAUGCAAGUCUUGACUCCAUUCACACUCUAAUAACAUUAUCAGAAAAAAACUGUGCCAAGAGGGUAGGAAGAUUUCAGCACCUGGUUCUCUACCUAAAAGCUGACCUGGUUCUUCACCUAAAAGCCAAGACUAUUAGAUAAGUCAGUAUAAGAGUCAAAAGAAGAAUUCCUUGCAAGUUUUCUUCUUUAACAUGGUAACUGGGGUGGUAAGAGUUUUAUAUAAACUUUAGGUCCUAAACUAGAAGACAACUAGCAUGUUGGACCAUAAUGGUUCAAUAGUUCCAUAUAGCAGGACGCUUUCCUGCAAUGAGUCUGCAACACUCAGGAGCCUGCUGUUUAUUAUCAGCAUUGCAGGGAGGAAGAAGAAUUAUAAUAAUAUUAAGUACAAAAAUCAUUUUAGGAGGAUGCUUUUCCUUUGUACUCUGUUUUUCCUCGGAAUGACACAGCCUUGAGGGCAUCCGUGAAUCCUGAUCAGCAAGGCUGCUUUUUGUAUAAGUGACUGAAUAUUUGUACUUGUAAGGGCUGGUACAGUAUGGAAAGGAAAAACUUGGAAAAGAAGGGACAUGGUGUGGAAUACUGGUACCCCCAAGUCAGUCGAUAUUCUUGCCCUUGUUAGGCUACAGUUUGGGUUAUUCAGCAUGUUUGAAAGCGCAUAUAGUAUUACAAGUUUUUGUAGCGGGGAUGCAGGCAUCCAGAAUCUAACAGGUAUAGAGGUGCAUCUCCCUCAUUUUUGACAAUUACUUGAUAUAAUUUUAUACCAAGUUCUUUGUUUUUAAAGAAUUUCAGGCACUGAGAAUACAGAGUGCGUAUUUAUUUCUAAGCUUUAAGUAGAACACAUGUGGUGUAUUUUUUAAUCCUUUCCAUACUUCUCAGUUAAGUGUUCACAAGAUUGUAUAUCAAAUACGAUACCAAGUUUUUCUAUCUUUCUACAAGCUAAUUUAAGUUUCAUCCAAAUUUGGUAUAUGUCUUUCACAAAAUACUAAAUGGGGAAUAUGUGCUUCAAGCAUUAAGAUGGUGUAUGUCCUUUUCUCCAUUUCCAUUGCAUUACAUUUCACUUUUUUCUUUGAGGCAGAGAGAGCAGAUAUGAAAUGUGUUGAGGGUGUUACAGGGGCACACAGUGUGUUUCGUUGUGCCUGGCUUCUAGGAAUGUGCUGUAAUGUUUGACUGCUCACAGAUUUGCAUAAUUAUCUACUCAGUUGAAUACAGGACUGUUGUGUUGUAUUUCCUGUUAUUCAAAAACAUUUGGGGAAAAGAUUUUUCUGUGUAUAAUUUUAUUUUCAUACUGAUCUCUAUUUUGUUUAAGACCAUGUUUCAUCACGAAAUCACUUAAUUAAAAUAAA